AUGGCCCUUCCUUGUUGCACAUUUGCCCGUAUUUCUGAGUCUGACAAGGUCAGAAACGAGGCCAAUAAACAAAUAGACAAGUUAAUAGAAAAAGAAAAGCGAAAUUUUCGGUCGACACAUCGUCUUCUUUUGCUUGGGGCUGGGGAGAGUGGAAAAUCUACAAUCGUGAAACAAAUGAGAAUUCUGCAUAUCGAUGGUUUUUCGGAUGCAGAGAAAAAAGAAAAGGUACUUGACAUCAGAAAAAACUUACGAGAUGCUAUAUGCUCUAUUGUUGGUGCAAUGCCGAACCUUAAACCACCUGUGAAACUGAAGAACCCCGAAAAUGCCGUCAUUAGAAAUUAUAUGCUAGAAGAAGCUUCGAAGGCUGAAUUUGACUUUCCUCCAAUUUUCUUUUCUCAUUGUCGUCAACUUUGGGGUGAUGGCGGUGUUCUGGAGGCUUUCGAAAGUUUUCUUGAUCGUUCGAUGGAACUAGGUAAACCCGAUUAUAUCCCCACCGAACAGGAUAUUCUGCGGUGCCGAGUGUUAACUUCGGGCAUAUUUGAAACCAAGUUUACUGUGGAUAAAGUUCAGUUUCACAUGUUUGACGUCGGUGGCCAGCGAGAAGAAAGGCGAAAGUGGAUUCAGUGUUUCAAUGAUGUUACUGCCAUUAUUUUCGUUGCCGCUUGCUCCUCAUACAACAUGGUCCUUCGCGAAGACCCCAAUAAAAAUCGGGUUAGAGAAUCCCUCGAACUACUCGGCUCUAUCUGGAAUAAUCGGUGGCUGAAGAACAUAUCUGUCAUCUUAUUCCUGAACAAACAGGAUCUCUUAGCGGAAAAGGUCAAGUCUGGCAAAUCCAAAAUUGAAACCUACUUCCCCGCCUAUGCAACCUACCAAGCACAACCAGAUGGUGAGCCUUUGUUCUAUCUUUAUUCUCUUUUUGCAAAGCUGGUGUUUUUUCUUAAGUUCAAGUUUAAUUUCAAAUAG